UCCCCCUCCCGCCCGCCUCCCUCUUCCCAGCUCCUGCUCGGCCUCCAGCUCCGGCCUCGGCUCCCCCUCCCAGAGCCCCCCUCCCCGGAGCGGAGCCCACCCGAGGGCCCCCGCUCCCGCCCCCCAGCCCAGCCACCCGACCAGAACAACAGUCCCGGGGGGCAGCCCCCCUCCAGCCCGCCUCCCUCCUGCCCAGCCCUGCCAGACCCCCCCAAAGCAUGAAUCUCUUCCGAUUCCUGGGAGACCUCUCCCACCUCCUAGCCAUCAUCUUGCUACUGCUCAAAAUCUGGAAGUCCCGCUCGUGUGCCGGCAUUUCAGGGAAGAGCCAGGUCCUGUUUGCGGUGGUGUUCACGGCCCGCUACCUGGACCUCUUCACCAACUACAUCUCCCUGUACAACACGUGCAUGAAGGUGGUCUACAUUGCCUGUUCCUUCACCACAGUCUGGAUGAUUUACAGCAAGUUCAAAGCCACUUACGACGGGAACCACGACACCUUCAGGGUGGAGUUCCUCGUCGUCCCCACAGCCAUCCUGGCGUUCCUGGUCAACCAUGACUUCACCCCUCUGGAGGGCGCAGACCUCCUCAUCCCCAUUUCUUGGAGCGCUAGGAAUUGCCAGGGGCUCGUGAUCACUGCCUCCAAACCCUCGGUUCGAAUCCGGGCCGUGCCGCUUGCUGGCCAGGUGGUGUCGGGCAGGUCUCUGGGCCUCAGUGUCUUCAACUGGAGAAUGGGGAUGCCAGUGAGAGCAGCCCAUGAGUCGGUCGUGGGGAUUAGAAGGGAGACGGCCUGUGGCACGGCCUGUGGCACGGUCCUGAAGGGGAAGAAGCUGAGUUUGCCGGCGUAA